AUGUCCUCCUUCAAGCGUAAAACCACGAAGCAGACUACUCCCAUAUUACCGGGAACCCGUCCUUACCCUGGUUCACCCUCGACGAUCGUAACAUCUACCGGGAUACCGUCCUUCGAUGACAUACUGGGUGGAGGGCUGCCAUUGUCUUGUUCAAGCCUCAUCGCUGCGCCAGACGUGCACUCAUCCUACGGCGAACUUGCCUCAAAAUACUUCGUCUCGCAAGGAUUGGUCCACGGACACACCAUCUAUGUCGUCGGUGAUGAAGGUGCAGACUGGGUCAAGGACUGCGUCUGGACGCGAGACAGUACAUCUUCCUUCCCCACCACGUCCUCGAAUGUCCCUGUCGACGAAGGGGAAGCAACAGCGGCAACCGACGACAAGAUCAAGAUCGCCUGGCGUUAUGAACAGAUGAAGCCCUUCCAGACUUCCGUAUCGACGUCCGCAAACGACGACGACUUUUGCGAGGCGGCCUUCGAUCUCACCUCCACGGUCCCUGAAUCCGUAAUCCGCGAUGCGCGCGCUAGCGGAAAGCUGUUCUUCAUCGACAACCCGGAUGAAGUGGUGCGCGCGCUCGACAGGCAGCUGGCAGCCGGCGGUGCGAGCGCGCCGGUGCGCAUAUGCGUCCCCUCCCUGGGCUCGCCUUGGUGGGGUGAUAUUGAGAGGAAGGAUGUUCUACGCUUCUUGCAUUCGCUAAGAGGUAUUCUACGACGGCAUCCGCACGCCUGCGCGUCCAUCUGCCUCGCCCCGCAUCUGUCUGCCGACAAGGCUCUCAUCGAGCGCGCUGGCUGGUUGUGCGAUGCGGCACUUUCGCUCUCGGCCUUUACUGCUGAUCCUGCGCUCUCCGCGACCUUCCCAUCCUACCACGGCCUCGUCACGAUCCAUACGCUCCCUGCACCGCAUACGGUACUGCCCCCGAGCGACAAACACUCGACGCUUCGGGGGUCCGGCGUGAGCGGCGAAAACAACCUAGCGUUCAAGUGCACGCGGAAGAGGAUGUUGUUCGAGACGUUGCAUCUUGACAUCGGAGGUGGCGUCGGGGAGAGGAGGACGACGCCGGCGCCGGCGAGCUUGGGAAACGUAGAUGCCAGCGAGACUAUGAGCAGAGCUUCUGCCCGGGAGUCGGACAAGGCACGGCCGGGUCUGGCGGCGGUAGAGGUGACUGUACAGGUGGAGGAUCCCAAAGAUGCAAGUAAGCCCAAAAAGGCGAAGAAGAAGGUCGGCUUUUCGUCAGAUUGGUGA